AAGAGACGACUUGCGAUGCGAAAUUUCUCACACCCCUCUUCUAUUCUCUCUCUCUCUCUCUCUCUCUCUUCUAUUGCCUCAACUCAAGAAAGAAACAUACCUCAGAUCCAAAUCCAAUUCAAUCCCUCCCAAACCCUAAUUAGAUUUCAACCCACCCAAAACUCUGAUUCCUAAAUCCCCAACUUUCGAAUCCCCAAUCAAUAUACACAUAUAGCCCAUACAUCACAGCACACUAUCCACUCCAUCUCUACAUGUAUUGCUAGAUUUUCUGGGGUUUUUCUUCUCAAUUGACAUGGACGGAAACAAAGACGAAGCUUUGAAAUGCUUCAAGAUCGGCCGCGAUGCUUUCGAAGCCGGCGAUCGAACCCGUGCCUUGAAAUUCAUCAGCAAAGCUCGUCGUCUCGAUCCUUCUCUUCCCAUCCACGAUCUCCUCUCCAAGAUCGAGGAAGAACCCACCAACGAAUCAUCACCAGCUUCAUCAAAGGUACCGGACAGUAACACCAACAGCAAUUCUGGUGCUGGGCGUAGGGUUUCGGCAUCUGGGUCUUCGUCAUCGUCUUCUUCGACGACCUCGGUGGCCUAUACGGAGGAACAGAUCUCAAUUGUGAGAGAGAUUAAGAGGAAAAAGGAUUACUAUGAGAUAUUGGGGUUAGAGAAGGGUUGUUCUGUUGAUGAUGUUCGCAAGGCCUAUCGAAAACUUUCAUUGAAGGUUCAUCCCGAUAAGAACACUGCUCCGGGUGCCGAGGAAGCCUUCAAGUCUGUUUCGAAGGCGUUUCAGUGUUUGAGUGAUGGGGAGAGUAGGAAAAGGUAUGAUCUUGUUGGAUCAGAAGAACCCGUGUAUGAAAGGAGGCGUCAGCGUCAGGGACAAGGGUUUCAUGGGCUUUAUGAGGCUGACAUUGAUGCUGAGGAGAUAUUUAGGAACUUCUUUGGUGGGAUGAAUCCCGCUAUGUCUGCGCAAUUCGGUACCUUUAGCUUUGGUCCAGGGAUGGGUGUGAGAAUGCACAACAAUGGGUCUCCUGGAUGGGUUAGGACUUUAAUUCAGUUGUUGCCUGUGCUUCUGAUUCUGUUCUUGAGCUUUAUGCCAUCAUCUGAUCCCAUAUAUGCGCUUUAUCGAUCAUAUCCUUAUGAACAUCGGUUUACUACUCAAAAGGAUGUUAAUUUUUAUGUUAAGUCGGCGAGGUUUGAGCAGGAUUACCCUCCUAAUAGCCCUGAACGCGUGAGGCUUGAAGGACAGGUGGAGAGAGAUUAUGUUUCGGUUCUUUCACAUAAUUGUCGGCUUGAGUUGCAGCGUUUCCAAUGGGGGAUAGUACGCGAAACACCGCAUUGUGACUCACUGAAGCAGUUUCAGAUGGUGACCUGAUGACUUGAUCCAAGAUUGUUUGGGCAGUUCAUCGUUAUCAUUUUGAAGAAUUUCGGGGCAGUUAAGAAUUUGCUUUGAGCACGUGGAGGAUGCUUAGUGUUGUGAUUUUGGAAGUAUUUUCGUUGAAUGUGGAUAUCAUCUUUUGAUUGAACAUGAGCGAAGUCUGUAUAAUAUUUCAAACUUCUGGUGGAUUAUAUUUGUACUGUGAAUUUUCCAUAGAAUUCUCUAAUCCCGACUCUGGUUGCAAUUGCUGUAGCAAUUUCCAUGACAUGAACCCUCCCAGAAAAACCUAAUUCAUAUAUAUAUAGUUAUAUGUACUGGUACUGUUGUGUUUUCUAUACAAAGGAAAUUAGGGUAAAUUACAAAUA